UAAAAAGCUGGUCAAACAAUAAUCAAAGUUCAGGUAACAGGUAAAAUCUGACAGACACUGUUCAGAUUUUGUCUUUUCAGAUUUGAAGUUUAGAAGAAGAGAACCACCACCAUGACUCCAGCUUUCCUUUUCCUCCUCUUCCUCUCAUUGACGGCCAUUCCUCCGGGUGCAACCGAUGAGGAUGGUGAAACAGAUGUGUCUUCAGACGUCUCUGAAGUCAUCGCUAGAGCUAACGAAGGCAUAUCAACGAGACUGGAACACGGCGACAUUGUGCCGAAUCGAAACAGGAAUGCAGACCCCUGCACUGCCAGAGGCUGCAAGUGGCCGAAAAGCGGAAGCUACGUCAGAGUGCCUGUCACUAUCUCCUCCAGCUACACCAGAGAAGAGCGCAACAUCAUCAUUAGAGCCCUGCUGACCUUCCACCAGUCCACCUGCAUUCGCUUUGUCUGGAGACGACGAUGGCAUCGGAAUUACCUCCACUUCUUCUCUGGAACUGGAUGUUGGUCCUACCUGGGCCGUCAAAGCCGAGGACAGCCGGUUUCCCUGAGGAAAAAUGGUUGUUUGUACAGAGACACAGUGCAGCACGAGGUUCUCCACGCUCUGGGCUUCCACCACGAGCAGGUCCGCUCCGACAGGGACACAUACGUCUCCAUCCUCACCCAGAACAUUCAGCCAGGAAAGGAAUCAAACUUUGUGAAGGUGGGGACUAACAACCUGGGCACUCCCUACGACUUCAACUCUGUCAUGCAUUACAGCAAAUUCGCCUUCUCCAGAAACGGGCAGCCAACCAUCAUUGCGAAGAGCAAUCCAAGCCUCAACUUUGGACAGGCCACUGACAUGAGUGUCAAUGACAUUGCUCGUGUCAACAAGCUCUACCAAUGCUGAAUUUAAUGACAGAAGGAAACGGUCAAGCUCCAGAUACUUCAACUCACCAAAGGCCCAGAUCUGUUGUACUGCAAGAAUAUUACCUCAAAGCAACACAAACUUGUCUUGAAUAUAUAAAUGCACUGCAUACCUGUGCAUAUGUGAUAUAGAGAUCUGUAGUGCUGCCACACUUCUCUUAGCUUCUGUUUACAUUCAGUCUUAUUAAGUAUCCGUUACGACACUGGACAGGCAAAUUUGCAACAAGUCAAUUGUAAAAAAAACGCAUUUAGCAUAGGGGAUCCCAGUUUUUUUCCCUUAGAGGGCCUAAACUGAAACUUAUUGGUGGGCCACAGCCAAAAGCAAACACCUAAUGUAUUGUAUUAAGAUGCAAAAUGUUACCAGGAUCCCAGGCUUCCUUUACUGACUCCUCAAAGUGGAAGCUCAGAUAAUGAAAAAUAAUUGAUAAUUAGGGAUCCUAUAUAUUUAGAGAGCAUUUUUACCCCCCAAAAAGUAAAAUAUUUUUUUUGCUAGGGCCAAAUCGAAUCUUAUGGUGGGCUAACUCUGGGAAGCUCUGACUGAGCAUCUGCAGCUAAGAUAGGAAUUUGUUUCAGCUUGUCAGAAAGACUCAUGAAGGAAAAUGUUGGUGAAUAAUGUUUGUGCUGGGGCUAGUGGAACAGAAGCGCGCUUGAAAAGAGGGCAGAGCUUUGCCUCUUUAUUUUUAACAGGUUGAUGGUAUUACAUCUCUUUUAACCACUUAUACUUGAUGAUGAUUUAAAUAAGUUACUCACUUCUUCUUGUUUGGGUUUAAAAUAGAAACUUGUAUUUGGUUAUGGUUAUGGUUUUACUGCGAGGGCUCACAGAGAUAAAAAAAAAACAAAAACAAAGUGAAACUAUGCAUUAAAUUUGUAACAAGACAAUACAUUUUAUAAAACGAUCAUGUUGAUGUGAAAUCUGUGUGGUUGAGUUGAAAUAUUAAGUAGCAUAAAAUAGAAAUCUCAAAGUGAAGUACCUCAGAGUUGUAACAAAUUUACUUUAUUCCGUUGUACCACUGCAAGCUACGAUAAUUGUCUGCAGACACCAGAAGGUAGUUCUGAUAUGAUCCAAUAACAAUAUUAUCAGGACCAUUUGAGCCAGAUGUAUUCUAAUUUUUUGUGUUUCUUUUAUUCUGAGUUAGGGGUUCCUUUCUGGGGUUUUCUUAUACUCGAUAUUUGUCCAUUUAUGACUUAGAGUCAACAAUUGUGUAUUAAUUUCUAAAUUAAAUGCUUUGUUCAAUAAAAUCAGCAAUAAUAAA